AUGCUGUGUGAAGUUACGUUAUUAAUCAUAACUUUUCCAUUUUUCGCCAGUCUUGCCCUUGUAAACUGCCUGAAAUCUCAUUGGAAAUUCAAAGGAGACGAAGCCAAAGAACUCCCAUCAGAAGCUUACGUCAAAGCUGUUCCAGUCGUAGUAGAAGAGAAGAAACCGACGAAGAGGGAGAAAAAAGCGAAGAAAGCAGAAGAGAACAAAAAAGAGAACAAAAAAGGAAAGAAACUCGCAAAAUUCUUCAUUUUCAAUGGAAAAGAUGAUGAAUUGAAAACUCCGGUUCUCGCUGAAUCGUUAUCUUUGGAUUCAACUCAAGACGAUGAAGAGAAACGUCCGGGUCUUCAACUUCUUCCAUCGCCAGCACCUGAUAUGGUGAAGAAGUUGAAAGCACGUGUGAGAAGAGAACGACGCGGAAAAAAGAGUCCACAGGAUUAUUUUUGUAAUGAUGAAGAAGAUUCUCUAUUCAAUGUUCCAUCUCUUAUUCAUGAUCAACCAACUGUGAAAUCACCGAGAUCAGCCACUGUUCCAGUGGAUAUUCAAGAUUCCCGAAUUCUUCGUGUCAAUCAAGAUCGCCUUGGAUACAAAAAGAGUCAUACAAUCUACGCUACUCGCACAUCUGUGUCUCCAUUUUCCGAGAGAAUGGGCCGUCUUUCGGGGUCUUCAUCAGGUUCUGCAACUGAUACAGAACCAGCUACAGUCAUUCAGAAUUAUUGA